AUGACGGGCCGCGUGUGCCGCGCCUGCGGCGGCACCGACAUCGAGUUCGAUGCCGCGCGCGGGGACGCCGUGUGCACCGGCUGCGGCUCGGUGCUGGAGGACAACAUCAUCGUGUCUGAGGUGCAGUUCGUGGAGAACAGCGGCGGCGGCUCCUCGGCGGUCGGCCAGUUCGUGUCUCUGGACGGUGCUGGCAAAACCCCGACCCUGGGCAGCGGCUUCCAUGUGAAUUUGGGGAAGGAGUCGAGAGCACAGACACUCCAGAAUGGGAAGCGGCAGAUCCAUCACCUGGGGAACCAGCUGCAGCUCAACCAGCACUGCCUCGACACGGCCUUCAACUUCUUCAAGAUGGCUGUGAGCAAGCACCUGACGCGUGGCCGCAAGAUGGCCCACGUGAUCGCCGCCUGCCUCUACCUGGUCUGCCGGACAGAAGGCACGCCUCACAUGCUGCUGGACCUCAGUGACCUGCUGCAGGUGAACGUGUAUGUGCUGGGGAAGACCUUCCUCCUCCUGGCCAGAGAGCUCUGCAUCAAUGCACCGGCCAUAGACCCCUGCCUGUACAUCCCACGCUUCGCCCAUCUGCUGGAGUUUGGGGAGAAGAACCACGAAGUGUCCAUGACGGCCCUGCGGCUUCUGCAGCGCAUGAAGAGAGACUGGAUGCACACGGGCCGUCGGCCCUCAGGGCUGUGCGGUGCAGCUCUUCUGGUUGCGGCCAGAAUGCAUGACUUCCGGAGAACUGUCAAGGAGGUCAUCAGCGUGGUCAAAGUGUGUGAGUCAACGCUGCGAAAGAGGCUCACCGAGUUUGAAGACACCCCGACCAGUCAGCUGACCAUCGAUGAGUUCAUGAGGAUUGACCUGGAGGAGGAAUGCGACCCGCCUUCGUACACAGCAGGCCAGAGGAAGCUGCGGAUGAAGCAGCUGGAGCAGGUUCUCUCCAAGCAACUGGAAGAAGUGGAAGGUGAGAUCUCCAGCUACCAGGAUGCCAUCGAGAUUGAGCUGGAGAGCAGCCGGCCAAAGGCUAAAGGGGCCCUCGCCACCCUGGCCAAAGACGGUUCUGUCGAGGACACCGUGUCCAGCUUAUUUGGUGAUGAGGACGUCGAGGACGAGGAGCUGGAGGCUGCGGCCAGUCACCUCAACAAGGACUUUUACCGAGAGCUCCUCGGGGACAGCCUGCCGGGCUGCUCAGAAUCAGUAGGGAGCGCAGAAGAGGGGAGCCGGCCCCCCGCCCUGGAGUCCCUGCUCGGACCCCUGCCGACAGCGGCCAGCCUGGGCAUCUCUGAGUCCAUCCGAGAGUGCAUCUCCUCUCCAAGUCGGGACCCCAAAGACACCUUGGAGGACGGCGAGCUGGACCUCAGUGGCAUCGAUGACCUUGAAAUUGACAAAUACAUCCUGGACGAGGCAGAGACCCGUGUGAAGGCCGAGCUGUGGAUGCGUGAGAAUGCAGAGUACCUGCGCGAGCAGAGGGAGAAAGAAGCCAGGAUUGCCAAGGAGAAGGCACUCGGCAUCUACAAGGAGCACAAGCCGAAGAAGUCGUGCAAGAAGAGGGAGCCCAUCCAGGCCAGCACAGCGGGCGAGGCCAUCGAGAAGAUGCUGGAGCAGAAGAAGAUCUCCAGCAAGAUCAACUACCACGUGCUGCGGGACCUCAACAGUGCGAGUGGGGGCCCCAGUGGGGAGGAAGAGGCACCACCAGGAGAGGGCACAGGUCUGCUGGGGCCAGUCAGCGCCAGGAAGCCCUCACGGAAGAGGACAGCCAGCCGCAGCUCCGCUGAUCCCACCAGCGUGGGAAAGAGAUUGAGGCCCCUAGUGUCUGCUCAGCCAGCCAAAAAGGUGGCCCUCAACGAGGCAGUGCUGCCAAGCUCCCGCAGCCCUGGAGCUGACCCUGUGAGGCCAGCUGUUGUGGUUGAGAGUGGGCCAGUGUUGUACCACCCAGAUGAGGACGUGGAUGAGGACGACGUGGAGGAGGACGAGGGCGAGCCCUGCGUGAGCGCCCUGCAGAUGAUGGGCGGAAACGAUUAUGGCUGCGACGGUGAUGACGAUGAUGGCUACUGA